AACCCACCACUAGUGCGCUCUAGCUACACACACACACACAAAUUCAGUUAUCUACUCCAUUUUCACUUUCACUUUUUUUUUCUUCUAUAUUAGCACACAAUUUCUCUCUCCAUCUCCAUUGAUAUUUUCAAGCUCUGGUUAUCUGCAUUUCGCAUAAUUAUUACUCUGAGAUGAUGAUCAGAGAUAAAAUUUUGAAAUUGCAUCACCGGCAUAAGUCAUCGUCUUCUUUUUCGGAGAAAUCUGGACAUAGAUUUGACUUCUCCUUCUCCAAUCUACAAGCUCGACAGGUACCUAAAGGAUGGGACAAACUUUCCGUCUCUCUUAUCUCUGUAGAAACAGGGAAGACAGUCAGCAAAUCAGGGAAAGCCUCAGUACGAAAUAGUAAUUGCAAAUGGACGGAAACAUGGUCACAGUCCAUGUGGAUUACCGCAGAUGAUAUUUCAAACAACCAAGAGCAAUUCCCUCUCAAGUUUAUUGUAACAAUGGGAUCUGCAAGAUCUAGCAUUCUCGGAGAGGCUUCUGUAAAUCUUGCUCGCUUCAGAGAUGCGAAAGCUUUCACUCCAGUUUCCUUACCUUUGAAAAAAUGUAACCAUGGCACAGUUCUACAACUGGAGAUCAAGUGUCUGACAUCAAUCAGGGAUAAUGAAUCCAAAGACAUGCCCUUCUAUGCUGAAGAAGAGAACAUGGAAUACAAUAACAUGGAACUGAAAUCAGAGGAAACAAGUCUUCCACGGCUGAGUUCAUAUCAUAGCUUUGCCUCUACAGAGGAUUCAUUGGGCAGAGAGAGUUUUUCAUCCCUGAGUGACUCAAAUAGGCAUGGCAACCUCAUAAUUGGUAGACAAGAAUCAAUUGAUUCCAGGAGUACUGCAUCCUGUGGUUCUUACUCUUUUUGUGAAUCACCCAAAUCGUACAACUCUCCCUAUAAUUUAAUGAUCUCGGGAUCAGGAAAGAAUGCUCAAAAUCAAAAAGAUGAUUUCAAACAGUUCUCACAUGAUAACACCGCAUCAGUGCAACUUUCAGCUUCCUCUAGAAACUCCUUACCGGCCAAAGAUACUUCCACUAAAGAACUAAUUGCAGAGGCCAUGAUGUGGGAACAAAAUGCUCACAGAUUAAAGAUUGACUUGGAAAUGUCAAGGAAGGAGUUUGCUGACCAGACACAGCAGAUAGAGAACCUUAAGAUGGAGCUUUGUUCAUUGGGUACAGAACGUGAUGAAUCGAUGCAAGAAAUCAAACACCUUGAGAUCCUUUUACAAGAAUCCAUGGAAAAGGAAAAAGCAACUGAGAGUUUAUUGUUCCGAGUCAGAGAUAUGGAUAGUGUUGAAAAGAUUUUAAAAGAGGAACUUAGGAUUCAAAAAGAAUCAAAUGACAAUAUGUCUUUCCAGCUAAGUAAAACUCAAGAAUCAAAUAUUCAACUAGUCUCUAUUCUGCAGGAGAUGGAAGAAACUGUUGAAAAGCAGAACUUGGAGAUUAAGAACCUUUUAGAAGUAAAGUCGCAUUCUGAGAACCUAGAGGACAAGCUUCAACAGUUGCAGGAAUCACAGAAAAAUCUGGAAAACACCACUCUUCAUCUGGAGAAAAUCAUCAGGGAGAAAACUCAUGAGAUUGAACUUGAACGAGAUCACAGGACUCAGGCUCUUAUAGAUUGUGAAGAAAAAUGGAAAAAUAGAUCAAGAGAACAAGAAGAGGAAAUUACUUAUUUGAAGGUAGAGUUAUCCAGGCUUUUAAGUAUCGAGGGUUCCAAGACAAGUGAGAUCAAAGCUGAAGCUGACUGUGAUCUGAUCAAGGAAAAUGAGACUCUCAAGGAAAGACUCCAGGAACUUGAGAGAGAUCGCAAGGAGCUGACCGAAGAAAAUCUGGAACUUCUGUACAAUCUGAAAUCAAAGGGAACUUCCUCUAUCAGUGAUUCCAUUUUAAGAUCAUCUUCCGUUGACCAUCAACUAAGUCAACAAUCACCUAGUGGUUCCGAAAGUAAGCAGAAAACCUGUGAUCAGGAAGAAAACUUAGCUCUGGAGUUUCAUUCACAAGUUAAGGACAAUGCUUUGAGGCCAAAUGCUGAAAUCAACUCAUGUUGCGUUGAAGUACAAGAACAAGAUCAGAGAACUGAGGUUGCUGCAAUGCCAUCAGAAUGUCAGCAGGAAGGAGAUUGUCAAGAUGGUUUCAUUCAUAAAAGUGUACCCAUAAUAUUUCAGAGUUCCAAGUCAGGACAUAUUGAAGAUAUCUAUACCCUACUCAACACAUUAUGUCAUCCCGCUAAGGACGAGCAAGCUAAUGCAGUGUUGGAAAAUUUCCAGUUAUUGAGGUACAGGUUGGCUCUAUAUCUUGAUGGUAGUCAACAUAUCGAGGAUGAACCCAAAACAACAUUAAAGGAUGCAUGUGAAGUUCAAGAUGAAGAGAAAGAUGACCUUCCAAAGGAAAUUACUCCUUGUUCUUGCUGUGAAAGGUUUGAGGAUUUAAAUAAGGUGCUAGAGGGGAAGAUUCAAAAUUUAAGUAGUGAUAGUUUAGCUAAGAACUCGGAGAUACUGGAGCUGAAGACAAAAUGUUUGAAAAAAGAUGCAGAGAUCGAAGCGCUAAGGAAUCAUCAGACUGAUUUGAGUUCUCAAAUCUCUGAUCUCCAGAUGAGUAAAUGUCUGAUGGAGGAGAGAAUGGAAAACUUGCAACAAGAACUUAGCGCCACCUCCAAUUCUUUAGACACUUCCACAAAUGGUUUGAUGUUUCUUGAUCGAUGUAUUUGUGGAGGUAUCUCUAAAAUGACGUACGAAAUGAAAUCAUCAGAGCUAGAGAGUGAUAAGUAUGAGUUAGAAUUUAAUUUGCGUGAAUUAGAAAAAGAAAAUGUAGAUCUGUCAGAACGAGUAUCAGGAUUGGAAGCUCAACUAAGGCAUUUGACUGAUGCAAUGGAAUUCAAUCGUUUGGAACUGCAGCAUUCUGGUAAUCGUGUUGUGAGCCUUGAGAGCAAGAUUAGAAAAUUAGAACAUCAAAAGGAGUCACAAAAGCUCGAUUUGAAAGAGCAGUUGCUGGAGAUGCAAAAGCGAUGGUUAGAUGCUCAAGAAGAGUGUGAGUAUCUGAAGAAAGUAAAUCCAAAGCUCCAAGCAACAACAGAAAGUCUUAUGGAAGAGUGUCGUUUGCUUCAAAACUUGAAUGCAGAACUAAGGCAACAAAAAUUAAAAUUACAUGCGAGCCAUAAUGUUUUGGAAGCAGAAUUGAGGAAAUCUCAGCAUUCUCUCUCCACCUGUUUGAAAAGGAUAGAGUCUUUAGAAGCUAACUUUUCUUCAGUGAUGGAAGAGAUUGAAUCAAAAGAGAAGAUCCUUAAGUUCAAACUUGACGAUCUCCACUUACAGAGUAGAGAGCAUGGAGAGAAAUUUCUUGUAGAAGGGUGCACUCUGUGUGAAAUGUCUCCCGAGAACACAGUUGAAGUCGAAAAGUUGCAAGAACAGGUACAAUCCCUGAUGGUAGAGAUGUCAAAUCUUAUGAGUGAACUUGGUACUUCCAAAGCCAAGGAGGGAACUUUGGCAGCAAAUUGUGAUAAGCUAUUGAGGAUGAUGGAACAUCUUGUAUCCAGUGAAGCAAAGCUUAAAUGCACCAUUAAUGAGCUUGAGUCAAAACUACUGUCUUCUGAAUGUCAACUGCUGCAAAUGACUGAUGAGAAUUCUAGCCUAAAGAUUCAACUGCAUACAUUACCAUUACUUCAGGAGGAAGUUUUGUAUCUUAAAGAAGCACUAUCUGGGAUGAAGUUUGAAAGUGAGAGAACACAAGUUACACUGUUGUUGAAAUAUGGAGAUUGUGAAGAGUUGAAGGACGAGAAGGCAUCAUUACUUCAGGAAAUCACCUGCAUGCAGAAGGAAGUGGCUAAAGCAGAAAAAUGCAAAUACAAGACAAUUGCACUAGAGGAGAAAGUUCUGAGGCUGGAAGGAGACUUAACUGCAAAAGAAGUAAUGUGUGCCAAAGUUUCCGAGCUGAAAAAUGAGCUUUGCCAGCUUAGAAGAUCAAAUAGCCAACUUCUGUGGAAAAUAAAAUCCCUUCAAUUCGAGAAGGAGAACUGCUUGAAGCAAGUCACAUCCCUAGAGAAAAAAUUGUCGAAAAAACGACCAGACAACCAAAGAGAGGAUGAUGAUACCGUUCCUACUCUAGAUGAGUUGAAGUUCCCAAAGGCCGAGGAAGAGAACUUCAGCAAGCAUCAGCAUGAGAUAAUUACUCAAUCUCUUCAAUCGGAGAAAUACUUGAAAGUUCAAAAGAUUCAAGGCAACUCUCAACAAAAUGGAAACAAAGAAAGCAAUUACUACAGAGAUCUUCAAGAGACUCUUGCCAAAAGUGUAUCAGCGAAACAAUCUCCGGGCGAUACAGUAGCUCAGACUUUAGACAGCAAUCAUAUCCAUAAAUCCCAUCUAAUUAGUUUGUCAUCCAAAGGAAGAGAUGAUAAUACGCAAAAAAUAUCUCAGCUUGAAGCUGAGCUACAAGAAAUUCGUGAUAGGUACCUGAAGAUAAGUCUUAAAUAUGCAGAAGUGGAGGAUCAGCGCGAGCAACUUGUAAUGACUUUGAAAGCCAUACAUGAUGAGAAGACAUCUACAGGAUACCGUAGCCUUUCCUCUUUCUGGUAAACUGGUGCUGAUAUGUGACAAUUUUUCUCCGGUACGCCAUUUUCAUACACAGCUCAUUCAAUGAAAGAAUUGUAUAAAUAAUUCUAAAAUGUGCCAAUCGCCAUAUAGAGUAGCAAAUUGUUAGAUAGUUUGUGAUCCACUUUGCUGCAGGAGUCAUUAUUUAGCAGAGAAAAAAGAAGUUUAUUUCUGCCAUUAUUGUACAUGAUUGGUCUAGGUAAUUAUUCAGAUGCAUCCUACAAACUAAGCAAUAAAUAUUAUUUUUCCUUCUUUCCUUUCUAUUAUGCAGAGACUAUUAGUUAUGUUGA